GGACGACGCCAGUGGUGGUGCAGCCGACUGUGGGGCCAUGGCCGAGAAGUUCGACCCCCUGGAGGAGCACCUGGAGAAGUUCGUGGAGAACAUCCGGCAGCUCGGUAUCAUCGUCAGCGACUUCCAGCCCAGCAGCCAGGCCGGGCUCAACCAAAAACUGAAUUUUAUCGUGACUGGCUUACAGGAUAUUGAUAAGUGCAGACAGCAACUUCAUGAUAUUACUGUACCUUUAGAAGUUUUUGAAUAUAUAGAUCAAGGUCGAAACCCACAACUCUACACCAAAGAGUGCCUGGAAAGAGCUCUGGCGAAAAAUGAACAAGUUAAAGGGAAGAUUGAUACGAUGAAGAAAUUUAAAAGUCUGUUGAUUCAAGAGCUUUCUAAAGUCUUUCCAGAAGACAUGGCUAAAUACCGAAGCAUCCGAGGGGAAGACCAUCCCCCGUCGUAAUUUCAUCCUUCCACUUUGAACAUCUAGUCCUGUGUGAGUCACCAUGACCUUCAAGCAGCUUGUGACUGAGCGGCCUCAGAGACAGGAGGCCUAGAGGGCUUUGUAGAGCUGUGCUGCCAGCGGCCCCCUCUUUGCAGAGGGCUGGUAAGCACACAUUUUUGAGCGUGAUGCAUUUGAUCCUGUAUGGCAGAAUUAUCUUGUAAAUAUUAAAUAUGGUAGGUAAAGUA